UUGCGGUACACCGCUGGUGCUAGCGAGAAUGUUAGCUUUUUGGUUUAUUAUACCAACCUGUCCGCCCCACUUUUGCUGCAAAGACUGAAUCGAUAAUAUUAAAACGUAGAUUUAAGGUGCGAUAGAAUAGAUAACGAUGUAGCCGUCGUUAGUCGCUGUACGUUUUAGCUUUAUGUUAUUUUAGUACAAGUGUUAUUUUGGGUUUAGCAUUAAUUUCUGUUUUCAUCGCCGCACCCACCAUAUUCAUUAUUUUAUUGUGGGCUAGCUAGCUAGCGCCGGGGGAGCUAAUUGACUCGGGACAACAGCUGUAACGAUAUUUAAUCAAAUAUUUAAAACAAGCAAAUAUUUGUCGUUUAUUUGCGGAGCCUUUCAGUGCUUUAAUAAACGCCACGCCUUCACCAGUUUGUAAUCUAGUAAUUAGCGUACUGUAGUCUGCACCAUGACAGGUGAAAAGAUCCGCACCAUGCGAAAAGAUCACAAAAAAGCAAACAAAAACCAGGAGAUAACGGACACCUACGAGGAAACCUCUAACGGUACGAUCUCUAACGACACUUACAACCACUUUAAAUCCAACAAGGCUUUUCAGAAAUCAGUUAAAACCUCCGCGCUGCAGCAGCAGCUUAAUGCAAACAACAUCAACGGAAACGCAUCAGUGAAGGACGAUGACAACAAAAACCCAAUUAUCCUGACCAGUGAUGAGCUGGAGUUCCCUGUUCAUGAGUGUGUGUACAAAGGAGAUGUGCGUCGGCUCUCUUCUCUCAUUAGGACCCACAGCAUUUCUCAGAAAGAUCUACAUGGGAACACACCUCUUCACCUGGCUGUGAUGCUGGGCCACAAAGAGUGUGCUCUUCUUCUUCUGGCCCAUAAUGCACCUGUGAAGAUCAAGAAUGCACAGGGAUGGAGUCCUUUAGCAGAAGCCAUCAGCUACGGUGACAGACAGAUGAUCACAGCAAUACUGAGGAAGUUAAAGCAACAGUCGAGGGAAAGUGUAGAGGACAAGAGGCCAAAAUUACUCAAAGCUCUGAGAGAGCUUGGUGACUUUUACCUGGAGGUGCACUGGGACUUUCAAAGCUGGGUGCCUUUGCUCUCCAGGAUGCUUCCAUCGGAUGCCUGUAAAAUCUACAAGCAGGGCAUAAAUAUCAGACUCGACACCACCCUGAUAGACUUCAACGAUAUGAAGUGUCAGCGUGGAGACCUGAGCUUCAUCUUCAACGGCGACGCUCCGCCACCUCAGUCCUUCGUGGUUCUGGAUAAUGAAGCAAAAGUGUACCAAAGAAUCCACCAUGAGGAGUCUGAGAUGGAGACCGAGGAGGAAGUAGACAUUCUGAUGGGCAGCGACAUCUACUCCGCAACUCUGUCGACCAAGUCCAUCACUUUUUCUCGCAGUCAGAUUGGCUGGCUCUUCAGAGAGGACAAAACGGAGCGGAUUGGAAACUUCCUGGCUGACUUCUAUGCGGUGAACGGCCUGGUGCUGGAGUCGAGGAAACGACGGGAGCACUUAAGCGAGGAAGACAUCCUGAGGAACAAAGCCAUCAUGGAAAGUUUGAGUAAAGGAGGCGGCAUCAGUGAGCAGAACUUUGAGCCUGCUAGGAGGCAGUCUCUCACAACUCCAGCUCCCAAUACCAUUUCAUGGGAAGAAUACAUCACCGCAGAGCCUGGAAAGCCUCCCCAUCUCGGGCGAGAGCUCAUGUGUAAGGAAAGCAAAAAGAACUUCAAAGCCACUGUAGCCAUGAGCCAGGAUUUCCCCCUAGGCAUCGAGUCGUUGCUAAAUGUCUUAGAAGUCAUCGCCCCGUUCAAGCACUUCAACAAGCUCAGAGAGUUCGUUCAGAUGAAGCUUCCGCCCGGGUUUCCAGUCAAACUCGACAUCCCCGUCUUCCCCACGAUCACAGCGACUGUCACCUUCCAGGAAUUCCGCUACGACGAAUUCGACGAGUCUAUUUUCGUCAUCCCCGCUGAAUACAAGGAAGAUCCCAGCCGCUUCCCUGACCUCUGACCUGUAGACUGACGCAAAGGAGAAAAAGGGCCAGCGUUGUUGGGAGAGUUGCGUCUCAACUGUUUAAAAUGAAGGGGGAUAAAAAGGAGGGGAAGUGGUUUUAUUGAUAAUUGUUCGUUUCGCUGAUGUACCCAAAGCAAAUCAAUGCAAGUAAACAUCCCAGAGCGCCGCCGUGUGACCCGUACACACAUCAGCGGUUUGUUUUUGUGACGGCUUUUCUCCUACCUGCUGUAUAUAAAGCUGAGCCGCUGCUGCUGUUCUCCACUGUUGAAACUGUCAGAAGACUCGGCUUUUACACUUCGUCAAGAUUUGAAAAUCUUAAUUUCAUUUUAAAAGCUGCACCCUUCUGUGUAAAUAGUUUAAUUCACUGAUAAGAACACAGAUAUAGCUAUAACCUCAAACUGAGCUCAAUAUUCAUUUGUCUACAAUAAAUAUAUAUAUAUAUAUAUAUAUAUAUUAUGGAUAUAAACACUGUGUAGCAAUACAUUUCCAGUACUACAGAAUGUUUUUAACCAGCUGGGAUGAAGGUUCUGCAGAAAAAUGCGCCCCCUCUCACCUGCAGGACCAUUUGCUGAGUUCAGGUUCGCUGAUGUUACCUCUUGACCUCCACGUUUCAUUGUGAUCGUAUGAACUCUGUGCUUAGCGUGAGUGAAUGUGUUGUGUUUUCCGUGUGGGAGAAACGCCCCGCUUCGAUGGGACAUCAGGUUUAAUACUGCACUGGUAUUUAAGGCAUGCUACGGCCGCGUUGGCCUCCUCCUGGAUCACUUGCAUCUUUAGUUCUUGUGUUUUACCAGCAGACCCACCUGUAUGGAGAAGAAAAGCUGAGAAAUUGUAACACUAACACUUAAGAACUGGUGGUCUUUGAUAACAUGCCUGCAAAUGUUUUUUCUAAAUGAAACCCAAGCUGUGAAGUUGAUUUAGCUGGAUUGUGUGUCCAGACAGGAAAUGACAACCCAUCGAGCUGCUGCUUCAGCUAGUAUGUACUGCAACCACUUCACAUCCCUUUAAAUAAAGCACCAGCAUCGUGUUUCAGCUGUAAAAUCCUUUGGAAACUCUUGGUUUUUCUGUUAACGUUACAUUUUUGCACUUUUGCUUCUAAUAGCUGUUCGUUUAAACUCUAGAAACACUUUUUCCUCUGUGUAGUAAACACAAAGCAGCAUUUUGUUUCAUUCUGCUUUUGUUGAAAAUAAAUGUGUGCAAAAUCCA